CGCUCGAUACGGAGGAACAUAGCUGUUAGAUUCCGGGUUACAACAACUCACAGCUGUCUGUCCUUCAUAAAGUCAAACUCCCACCAUAUAUAGAAACGAACCCGAUCUUUUGAAUGUUCGCCUGGACCCGGUUCACUCCCUCUGACCGAUCUGUUGCUCGGCCCCAACUGACGACCAAAUCCAUCGUCCACGCGCUUGCCUUGGUCCUUUCCGCGUCGCCUUUCUCUAAAAUAGAACCAGCGCACAAAAAAUAUCACCUCCCCCCUUCGUAGAUCCCAUUCCCAGCCUUCAAUCUCUUCCCCAAGACGACCACCGAGGCCACCGCACUGCUGAAAGAUACAAACCAUCGCACCGUCGCCUUCCUCCCACCUUCCCAUUAGAAACUACCAACCUUCUCCCACCUCACACGUCGAACAACUUUUCUUCAAAACCCCACCCGGACUCUUCCCCCCUUCUCUUUCUAUCAUCAUAUUUUUUUUCUCCCUUUGGAGUAUCGAUCGGCUGUUUCCAUUUCUUUGGCGAUGGGUCGCCGGCUUCAAGGCGAGCACCUCAAGCAGCUGAGGGACAUCUUCGCCCGGUUCGACAUGGACUCCGACGGCAGUCUCACCCAGCUGGAGCUCGCGGCCCUCCUCCGCUCCCUCGGCUUGAAGCCAACCGGAGACCAGCUUCAUGCCUUGCUUUCGAAGAUGGAUGCUAAUGGAAAUGGCUCCGUGGAGUUCAACGAGCUCGCCGACGCCAUCGCCCCCUUGAUGAGCGAGCAGGCCCUCGUCAACCAAGCACAGCUCCUCGACGUCUUCCGGUCGUUCGACCGCGACGGCAAUGGUUACAUAUCGGCGGCGGAGCUGGCACGGGCGAUGGCGCGGAUGGGACAGCCGCUGACCUUCUGCGAGCUCACCGAGAUGAUGCACGAGGCUGACACCGACGGCGAUGGUGUUAUUAGCUUCACGGAGUUUGCCGCCGUCAUGGCCAAGUCCGCCGCCGACUUCCUUGGAUUCGCCGUCUCCUAGAUUCGCCGGAGGACCUCAUCAACUCGGUGCCCUGGUCAACCGGUGUCCCACUUGGUUUUAUUCUGAUAGGGUGUUUAUCAUUCUUGUUAGGUUUUGUAAUAAAAUGUACAGAUCUAAGGGAUGAUGAGAUUGGAAGAUGAUUGUAAAUUCUAAUGUGGUAGAAAUGCAGGACAUUUUUUUUUAAUGAUCUUCCUCUGUUUCACUGAAAGCCCCUUGGGGAAUGUUAUUAUUUAUAA